AUUUUCAGCCAUUAUGGCUGCAAUAAUCAAUCAACGCGUCGAACAGGGCGAAUCAAGUAUGGGAGGAGCCAAACCAGCUCUUCUUCACAGAAUCACUGGCCACGUGGCUCGUAUCAAUGACGUCAUUUUACUAUCAAAAGACGAAGGAGUCUGGACUGCAAGUGAUGAUAGAUCCGUUCGCCUGUACUUAAAAAGAGAUAAUGAUCAAUUUUGGCCGUCAAUUCAUCAUUUCAUGCCAGUUGCUCCAACAAGUCUUUAUUACAGUGAAGAAACUUAUAAGCUGCUCGUCGGACUUAUCAAUGGAAAUGUCUAUGAAUUCAGUGUUGCCGAUGACUUUAACAGUAUGACAGAAUCCCGAAAAUGGACAUGUCACGCUGGACCAAUCUCUGGACUCGGCUUUGCACUCUCCUCCGAGCUCAUUUUCAGCUGUUCUCGAGAUAAAUCUAUCGUCUGGCAUUGUUCAGAAAAUUCAAAUAAGAUGGGAAGUUAUCUUUUGGAAAAUAGUUGUACAGCAAUGGUCAUUGAUCUUCCAUUUGUAUUCGUUGGAGAUCAUGGUGGGCAUGUCACUGUUCUUCGUAUUGUCGAUAAUCAACCAAAUCUUGUCAGCAAGCUUAGUGCACAUACGAAUGCAAUCACCUCGCUCACAUGGGACGGAAAUAAGAAAGUUUUGUAUUCUGGAAGCAGUGAUCAUCUCAUCAUAAUGUGGGAUAUCGGAGGAGGAAGAGGAGAAGCUUAUGAGCUUAACGGACACAAUGGAAAAGUGACAACACUAUGCGCAGCUCCAGCAGCCAAACGUCUGUUCUCGGCUGACGAACACGGAAAGCUCAUGUGCUGGGACAUGAAUUGCAAGAGAGUUGAGACUCCUGAAUGGAAAACUUCGGAUUGCUGUCAGAAAUGCAAUCAACCGUUCUUCUGGAAUCUUCAAGCAAUGUGGCAGAGGAAAGUGGUCGGAUUGAGACAACAUCACUGCAGAACCUGUGGAUCAGCAGUCUGUGGAUCUUGCUGUGACAACUGGACCACCUAUCCACCAAUGGGAUAUGAGACGAAAAUUCGCAUUUGUAAUGACUGCAAUGCACGAAUGAAAGAUAAUCCACAGAAUUUCAACCUUACUCCACUUGCAAUUCCACAUGAAAUCCAUACUGGAAUCACUGCUAUGCAUCUCCAGGAAACUCUCGGACUUCUAGUUACCAGUGGACAGAAUCGUGUGAUUAUGAUUUGGGAUGUUCGAAGUGUUUGCUCUGCCCCUUCUGGAUCACAAUAAACAAUUGCUUCUACUUCUCGAAUUUCUCAUAAUUCUUUGUAUUUCAUCUAAUUUAUUUCCUCUCCUUUCUAUUUUGUAUAUUCACUCUCAAAAUGCCCAUCCUUCCCCAAGACCAAUUGUUGUCAAAUCAAGACCUUCUAAAACUUACCAAUAUUUCCCGAUACCCCUGACAGGUUGUCCUGAAUAGUGAUUGUGAUUCUUACUUUUCUUCUAAUCCCGAUAAUUUCCUAGUUUUUCGACUGUAAAAUUGUAUUUUUACAACAAAGUUUGAAAAAAAAUCUUUUUUUUUG